UUUAGAACUUGAUUAUGUAUUAAGUCUAAAUUUAAUCUCAACUAAUACUGAAUAUCCCCUCCUUAGCCCUUAUCCUACUCAAGUCCAAAGGCCUAUCUUAGGGUCGUUUGGUUGGAAACAAGUUAUAUUCGAUGCAUUUUGGUGCCGAAUCAAGUAGUUAAUAUUAUAAUUUCAAAAUAAUUUAAUUAAUCUUAUUUCGAAAACCUCAAAAUUCUUCAGCUGAACCAAAGCUAAAACCCUACUUCUUCUUUUUAGUUCGACCAAUCCAGUUCUUUGAGUAUAAGGUUUAACCAAACAAAAAAGAUGGAAGUUGGAACAUGUUUCAGUGUCAACAAGACAAUGUUUUUAUCGAACCCCAUGACCCAAAAAUCCAGUUAUGUUCCAAAUUCAUGGCUCAAUCCAUUGAAUUUGUCGUUUCCAGCUAUAAAAAUUUGUACUUGCAGAGCAGUAGUUAAAGGGUCAGUCAGCUCGUUGAACACUCAAGAAAAGGUCACAGAGGUCACAGGGAUGUCUUCUGAUCAUUCUCAAGAUCUAGAACUCUCAAGUUUAUCGGCUCUAUACCCAUUGGAUGGCUGUUAUUGGGGUAAAGUCAAAGAACUUGCUCCGUUUAUGAGUGAGUAUGGAUUAAUUCGUUUCCGCAUUUUGGUUGAGAUUAAAUGGUUGGUAAAACUGUCUCAAAUACCUCAAGUCAUUGAAGUUCCAAGCUUCUCUGAAAGAGCUCAGGCAUUUUUGCAAGACCUGAUUGAUGAAUUUAGUAUGAAUGAUGCCUUGGAAGUUAAGAAGAUUGAGAGAGUAACGAACCAUGAUGUGAACGCAGUGGAAUACUUCUUGAAACAAAGAUGUCAAUCACAUCCGGAGAUAGUUAAGGACAUCAACAAUCUUGCCCAUGCAUUGAUGUUCAAAGGAGCUUUGGAUACGGUCAUCUUGCCAGUCAUGGAUGAAUUGAUUAGAGCAAUGUGUGACAUGGACACAACACAUUCUUCUGUUCCUAUGCUUUCUCGCACCCAUGGACAGCCUGCUUCGCCAACAACCCUUGGAAAGGAAAUGGCAAUUUUUGCUUUUCGAUUAAGUAGGGCGAGAAGGGAGAUUUCUCAAAUAGAGAUGCUUGGGAAAUUUGCUGGUGCUGUAGGAAACUACAAUGCACAUAUAGCUGCAUAUCCUGAAAUAAGCUGGCCAGAAAUUGCAGAGGAGUUUGUCGUGUCACUUGGAUUAAAAUUCAAUCCAUAUGUUCCUCAGAUCGAAACUCACGACUAUAUGACCAAACUUUUUCACUCAAUCAUCCAGUUUAACAACAUUUUGGUUGAAUCCAGCUUUCUCGCACCCAUGGGCAGGGAGAGAAGGGAGAUUUCUCAAAUAGAGAUACUUGGGAAAUUUGCUGGUGCUGUAGGAAACUACAAUGCACAUAUAGCUGCAUAUCCUGAAAUAAGCCGGCCAGAAGUUGCAGAGGAGUUUGUCGUUUCACUUGGAUUAAAAUUCAAUCCAUAUGUUCCUCAGAUCGAAACUCACGACUAUAUGACCAAACUUUUUUCACUCAAUCAUGCAGUUUAACAACAUUUUGGUUGAUUUUGAUAGAGAUCUUUGGGGAUACAUUUCUCUGGGUUACUUUAAGUAGACAACUAAAGCUGGUGAAAUUGGGUCCUCAACAAUGCCUCACAAGUAAAUCCAAUUAAUUUUGAAAAUAGUGAAGGCAAUCUUGGAAUAGCUAAUGGAGAUCUGUCCCAUUUGAGCACUAAACUACCUAUUUCGCGCUGGCAGCGGGAUUUGACAGAUUCAACAGUUCUGAGAAACAUGGGAGUAGGACUAGGACAUUCUCUUCUUGCUUACAUGAGUGCUCUACAGGGAAUUCAGAAGCUUCAGGUGAAUGAAGCUGCUCUGACGGAAGAUUUAGAUAAAACAUGGGAGGUUCUUGCUGAACCAAUACAAACGGUGAUGCGAAGGUACGGUGUGCCAGAGCCUUAUGAGAAGCUGAAGGAGUUGACCCGAGGAAGAGCGGUGAACAAAGAAAGCAUUAGAGAUUUCAUCCAAAAUUUGGAUAUUCCAACUGAUGCAAAGACAUGAACUUAACUUGACACCUCAUACUUACGUUGGAGCAGCUGCAGAAUUGGCUAAGAACAUAAACGAGGCCAUAAAUCUGGCGAAUGGAGUUCAGAUCUUUUGAAACAAGAGCCAAGAACCUUUGCAGCUCUCUGCAGCACACGGACUAGAGUCAACGAAUUCAACGAGGGAGGACAGUUGCCUAAUGGCAUGCACACCAGAUUGCCAGUGAAGCAUAAUAUGUUCCUGAUGCAGCGUCAGCGGCCUAGUCAAAUGCAACAAUUAUCUGUUGGCAAAGCAUCCGCGGCUUCAGCAACGCCUCCAUCCACCUAGUAGGCGAACACAAAGCGUCGAGGAGGGAUAGAUAAUCUCUACAUCAAUGUUGACAAACAAAGAUUUCAGAUAAGGUUUCUUUAUGUCUGGCUAAAAUAUAUUUUGUUCAUUGGAAAUGUAUUCCUUGGAGUAGCUGGUAAAGUUGCUGCUACGAGAUCAGGAGGUCAAGGGUUCAAGCCUUGGAAACAGCCUCUGGCAAAAAUGUAAGGUAAGGCUGCGUAUGAUACAUCCUUGUGGUGGGGCCCUUCCCUGGACACCGCGCAUAGCGGUAGCUUUAGUGCAUCGGACUGCCCUUUUUAAAGUAUAAGAUCAUAAAAAGUACUCCAUGCCAUUGGUUCAAUGGGAUUAGCACAACCAGACAAAAAGAUCAUAGUAAUCAAACAAUGUCACCCAUUGUAUUUCUGCCUUGUUUCCCACUGUCUAUUCUUCUUUUCUUGUCCUUUCAUUUAAAGUUGCAAAAAGGCAUAUCGUUGCACAAAGUAUCUCGCAUUGGAGCCACCUACACAUUGAUGCAACUCAAAUCCACGACUUAUACACUACACAUAAAUUUUGUUAUCGUUAUUUCAAGACUCCGCUUCUAAUUAAAGUUGCAACUUUUGCAAUAGAUUUUAAUGUGCAUAUAUGAUUGUGUUUCCAUUGGACCAAGGAAAGCAAGGUGAACGAGGAAAAGGUGGAGACAAGGAAAUGUACCAAAAGCAACAUUGUCUGUACGAUGAAAUUUUGAUGUCGUUUAAUGCUACUAGGAUCAUUUUUGUUGACGGGACUGAAUUAUUUUGGGAUUAUAAUUUAAAACUAUAAUUCCUGGACUAGUAAUCUCAAGUUUGAUGAGAUCGUUAAUAAUUUUAUCCCAAGAUUAAUAUAUUUCACCUUAUUCAUGUGCCAAAUAACCCCUUAAAAUCUAAACUAUAAUUAACGUAUCUUACUGGUCUCGGAUAUUUUUUACCAAUUCAAAAAUAUAAACUAUUUCAUAACGAUCAACAUGGAAGCUAUAAUGUCCCAUGGAAUGGUCAUUGUAAGUAGUAAGUGAUACUCUCUUCGUUUCAAUUUGGUUGAUCUAUUUCAAUUUGACAUCAAAUUUAAGAAAUUAAAAUAACUUUUGAAUUUCACAGUGUUAAGUUAAAAAUAUAUUAAAUAUACCACAAUAUAUCUUGUGAUAAAAUAUGUCACGUGAAAAUAAAAAAAAAAUUCUAAAAAAGGUGAAAGAGAUAAUUCCAAAAAAAAAAAGAAAAAGAAAAAGAAUGUGGAUAAUGACCAAAGAGUACAAAAUAAAGGCAUAUACCCUCCAAUUCCCUUUAUUUAAAAUACCUCAAAAUUCUCCCAAAGUACAAAAGCCGCGGGAACCCUUUAAACCCCACAAAUUUCUAAUUUUCCUAAACAAAUUAAAUUGAAUUAACGAAAAGCAAAUAAAGUUAAAAAAAAAAAAAGAAGCAAGCA